UGGGCCCGCCCCAUGUCCCCACCACCACCGGGAGCGGAGAGAAGGGGAGCCACGACCGGCGCUGGGGGAGGAUCCUGCCCGCCACCCCGCUCCCUGCCGGGGGCCGGGUGUGCGGGACAGAGCGCAGCGGCGAUGGCCCUGCUGCCGCGGCGGUUUCUCUGCUUCGUGCUGGCCCAUCACUUCAUCGCAGUGGCAGCGUGCCAGGAGGCAGACUACAGCUGGAUGAUCCAGCACUACUGCCUGAAGCAGUUCCAGCUCAGCAUGGAGGGCAUUGGGCAACGGCUCUGGUGUGACUGGGAUGAGACCAUGGGCACCUAUGGGGAGCUGACGAACUGCACGGCGCUCAUCGCAGAGAGGCUUGACUGCUACUGGCCCAACCGGCUGGUGGACGAGUUCUUCGUCGCCGUGCACAAACAGUACUUCAGGAACUGCUCCCCCUCCGGCCGGGCGCUGCACGACCCCCCCAACAGCAUCCUCUGCCCCUUCAUCCUGCUGCCCAUCCUCAUCACCUUGCUGAUGACCGCACUGGUGGUAUGGAGGAGCAAACGCAGUGAGGGCAUUGUGUAGGGACACCCUGCCACUGGGACAGGGGAGGGACCACCUCUGGACUGUCUGGUUUUUGGAAGACCUUGGCAGAGGAGCAUCAGUGGGGGGUACAAAGCCCUGAAGGCAGAUUCACCAGUGCCACAGCUCCUCCUUUGCACCACAAGUGUGCCACCUGCCUGGCAUGAGGAGGUAAUGACAAGGCCAAUGGGUCUGGGUGCAAUGAGACCACCACGGAUUCCUCUUUGUCCUUGUUUUCUGUACCAGGAAAGGCAUCUUUUCCCCCAGCAUGAGGCCGGUGUCUGCACAGGCUGGGUUUUGCCUUGGAGAUGGGGAGCUAUGGUUGAAGGGUGGCAGUGGGAGGUGGUGGAGGUGGCCUUGGCAGCGCUAAUGAGCAACGGGAAUAAGGUGCUUUUCCUACCCAAAUAAACACAUGAAUAAACCAGG